AGCGAGGUUUGUAGCAUCACAGUUUCGCUGCUCUACACGACAGAGAAAAUUUGCCAUGUCGGUGCUUUCGUAUCAAAUGCAAAUAUGUUCUUUGGGUCUAGAAGCAUGGAAUUUGUAAUUCUAGCCCUGCACUCCUGUAAAAAUCUGUGUUGCAUGACUAGCAAAAAGAUGCCCUCAUUUGUCAACAUACAAAGGCGCCGCAGUUUCUCAUGCGGACUGCGCAUGAGAAAGUGUGCGGGAAACUUGUCAUGCUCAGCUGCAUUGGGAAGUAUAGUAUUUCAGUUAUCCGCAAUUUCAAUUCAGCAUCACAAAUUUCCAGACCCAGACACUUUUGCAGUUGACAUCUCGUCCCAAGGAACAACAAGAAACCGGAGAAGAAGAAGACGCGAUAGAAGUGGUUAUCCUGAAUAAAAACAUCCCCACCUCCCCAUAUUAGUCGAGAUGGGAAAUCUGCUAGACAAAUGAUCAGCAAGCUUGUUCGGCUUCUGUUGCGCAUGACCACAAAUUUGGCCUCGUAGUGUAAUCCUGUUUAGCAAGUGCAGAAGGAGCGUCACAGAUCCAGCGCAUUAUGCUGGUUGGAGCAUCACAAGUUUCGAAACACGACUAGGAAAAGCUUCCCAUGGGGCUCCGCAUGAUAAACAUUUCCAGGCUGCAGAUUUGCAUGACAACUAGGGGGAGGGACCGUUCUUCCUUAGGAUAGUAGUUCUGCGGUACGACGGCGGUCAUUGGACAACCUUCGUAUUCCGGCGCAACAUAUGAACUGCAAAAGUGUCGUACUCGUAUAAAUGCAUGACGUGGCCUAGGUACGCACAUACGACUCGGUACGCCAAAUCGUAUGUGGGGCGUUACAAUUUUCGCGCUUUUUUCAUUGAGAAAACCCGCCAAAAAGCAGCACCGAGCCCGGUGCGGUUUGUAACGUAUGGCAGCACCGAGCCCGCCAAAGUAUGUCUUUUUGCCCACCUACAAAAUUGGUAUUGUAGCGGCGCGCCUUCGCAAUACAUUUUGGCGCACCGAGGCGGCGCGCAAAAACGUCCCAUCGCACGCCUUUCCCAGGUGGCGCCGGCGCCUUCGCCUCCUGCGUUUUUUACCUUGCCCUCGGACGCGCGCCAGGGUACGGGUUUUGUUUUUCUGCCCACCAAGGCCCGCGGCGUGACCUCGCGAAUUAGCCGAUGGGCCCCCGGUCCUCCCCCCCCGCCCCCCCCCCCAUUUUCUCUGCGCUCGCGUGCUUCGCGAUUUCGCGUGCGUUUUUUCGCUUCGCACACGCCCGCGCCUGCGUCGCCCCUUGCCUUCCGCGGGAGCUUCUGCUCGCGGCGUCGCGCGACGAGCACUACCUCGAACGCACGGCAACAGCAUCGAAUUUGUUUCACGUGUCUCACCGUCUCACCCCAAAAAAAACAAUCUUGGCACCGCCGCGCCCCGAGCGCUUUUUUCCAUUUCUGCUGUUGUGUUCCGCCCGUCUGCUGCUUUGUUCCCGACUACAAUUUGGCGCACCGAGGCCGUCCGCCUCGGUGCACCGAGGCGGCCAUUCCGAAAAACUGGCAUUUUUGGCCUCGGUGCGCCAUUUUGUAUGCGCGUCCUAAAGAGCCUUCUUCUAGCCUCGGUGCGCCAACUUGUAGUGGCGUACCGAGGCCACGACACUACCGAGGCGACGUCAUGCAUUACAAAUGUUCUCAGCGUGAGGAAUAAAAUUUGUAAUGCGGAUUUACCUUAAGAAAAGCAAUCAAAAUCAUGCAUUAAAUGCAUGACUGCAAUGCAACGAGUGCGAUACUUUUGCACAGCAUACAACACGACCUAAUGCCGGUUUGCAGUGCAACAUCUUCUGGCGGCAGAAGACUUUUUCGUCUGCUUUCCGCUUCCAUAGUGCUGCCAGGAGCUGCAGUAGAAGCAGUUUCCCUCUUAGACCUGCAUAUGCUUUGGUGCGCAAGUAUCGACGUAGUACCAGGUGGAUCAAUAAUCGCAUUUACAACAAAUAAAUUUCCUCAGCAUCAUGAGGGAUGGAAGUUGAUGUCAUGCGGAACUGCACCUUCGGAAAGAGAUUUGUAAUGCGUGACCGCAAUUAGCACGAGACGACGAGUACGAUACUUCUGCAGCGCAUAGUGCACGUGAAAAGGAAGUCCGGCCGCGAUGUCGUGGACUCAGGGAUUAGUGCCGUCGGAGGUAUUAUGCAAGAAAAAAACUGUGCAGGUGUAAGUCUGUAAUGCAAAGCAUCCAGUACAACCAAACUUGUCAUGUGAGCCAGCCACGAAGGUUUAUUUUUUUCGUAUGUGUUUUGUUCACGUACUAGCUCCGCAUGACAGGGUUUCUUAUUCUUUGUCAUGCGCGACAAUAAAUGUGUCUUCAUGUUGUCUACUUCCGAAGACACGACCCACUUUGACACAGUUUUUUUCUUGUGAUAGAUACGGCGAGCAGUAGCGGACACGCCCACGUAAGGGAGUCAAAUCAACAGGCCGCGCUACAUAUGCAUUGCAAUAGUAUCGUACUCGUAUAAAUGCAUUACAAAUUUUCUCAGCAUGAAAAAUGAAAUUUGUAAUGCGGCUUUGCUUUAGGAAAAAAAAUUGUAAUGCAUGAUUGCAAAAAUACGAGUGCGAUAUUACUUUUGCAGAGCAUACUACACUCCAUCAUCGCAGCAGGUGGAGAAGAAGAUGACAGCAAAAAAGUGAAGCAGCCCACGAUAAAGGGCUUCGUCUACCCCUAUUACGGACCGCUAUGACAGUGCACAACUCGUCCCCCUCUCCCUCAUUUGUCAUGCAAAACACCACAUGCGUUGCUCGUCUCUCUUCACUUUUUGCAUGACAGAUUCCGGCAGCUGCGCAAACAGCACUAUAGCCCGGAAUGGAUUUGUCAUGCAAAACCUGUACUAUAGCUGACGCUUGAGCUUGUAUUGCUAUUGCUGUUCAUGUUAUAUAUACAAAUGAGGGGGACGAGGGGGAGUUGUGCACUCGCAUAAGCGCAGGCCUUCAGUGACAAGGCCCACCCCCAUAUUGCAAGGAAAAAUGCCCCUCCCCAUACUCACAAUGGAAAUUUGUGAUGUUGAUUUGUGGCCACAAAUCAGCUUUGUCUCGCAUAUGAGGCAAGAAAUGGGAGCCGUGUCGUGGCGCAUUCCAAAGCCAAGCUGUAAUGCUCUUUUGCCUACUGCAGAGCUGUCUGUCAUUCCUGAGUCGUGUUAGCCUUUUGCAUGCGUAAUCAGGCUUAGGAACAAAUGCCUUCCAGGACUUGCUGCAAUACAGCGCUGAUUUGUGUACACAAAUGCAGCAACAGAAAUUUCCGUUUCAAUAUGGGGAGGGGGCUUUUUCGCUUUGAUACUCCACAACCCCUGGGUCAGAAACGCCGGAAUGAGUCCCUAUCACAAGAAUAUCCUGUGCAAAAGUAUCGUACUCGUAGUAAUCGCAUUUAUGCAUGACAAAUAUUUUUUUCAAAGUAAAUCAGCAUGAGAAAUUCCCUAGGUUCUGGUUUUCGUCUUUUCGUAACGUACUGACAAGCUGCAAACUGCAGAGCACGCGCGAACUGCCGGACUGCGACCUGCGCAGCUGCGCGAGCUGACGGACUGCGAACUGCGCAGCUGCGCGAACUGACGGACUGCGAACUGCGCAGCUGCGCGAGCUGACGGACCGCGAACUGCGCAGCUGCGUGACCUGACGGACUGCGCAGCUGCGCGAACUGCUUCCGCGCUCGUGGGGCACUGAGUAAAGAAAGCCAACGCGUGGCCCUGCGCUUUUUUCGUGUUCGGGAGCCAUCGCCGAAGUGGAGGCCCGCGGUGGGGCGCUGGUGGACUGCACGAACUGCCUGCGCAUUUGCUUAGGCAGCCCGUGCCGAUUGGAAUAGCCAGGGCAAAAAAAUAGGCGGGGGGCGGUAGGGCGGCGGCCCUGUGGAUAGCAUGAACGCGCAAAAUGCAAAGCCGGACAACCUAAGCCAUGGCAAUGCUUUCCAAGUUCAACCUUGCCAAAUUUCGGAAAUUUCUUUUGCCGGAAUGUCUGUGCCAAAACUGCGGCAAAGAGUUGGCUUUCGGCGAAGUUUUUAUGUGCAAAACCAGGCAGGGAAAUGAACUAAAGUAACAAAAUUUUUUUCUAGGUUGCCACUUUGCGCUUCAUGGCCUAGGUUGUCCGGUUUUCAUUGUAUUUUGUGCGCUCGCAUUGAAUAAACACUAAAACGCAAGAAAAUGGGGGGGGGAGGGGGGGAAAGCGGGGUAACACAUAGUCUGGGCGCCCCGCGCUCUUUUGCUCGACCUCCUUCCCUUUCAGUUCGUGCACCGACCUCCUUCCCUUUCAGUUCGUGCACCGCGAAUCCCCCUUUUCCUUCUCGCGGGUGUGCAGUUCGUUCCCCCCCCCUCCUCCUUCUUCUCUGUAUGUUGCCCAGUUCGAUGAACCUCCUGCACAACCUUCUUCUCUCUCCGUUGUCCAGUUCGAUCACGACCCGCAUAAACAAAAGCCGUCCUUUUCUCGUCAGUUUGAACCCCUCCAAGAAAAAGAAACUUACUUUCUCUCUUUAUUCAUCUUCUCUGUUUUCAGUUACAGUUCGUUGUUCGUUUACUAAAGUUGUAAAACUCGAAAACCAGAACCACUAAGAAAUUCCAUUUGUCAUGCUGAGAAAUUCCAUUUGUCAUGCUGAGCAAAUUUGUAAUGCGAUUACUACUAGUGCGAUGCUUUUGCAUUUCAUAAAGAAAAAGCCGAUCAUAUGCCAUACGCUUUUCAAAACGGACAGAUCUGUGAUGCAGUAAUGCUAUUUUUAUGCAAAAACAUAAAUGAGAGAUUUGUAUAGCAGAGCAUGCGCGUUGGGCCAGAUUUGUCAUGCAUCCUUGCAAUCUGUAUUAGAUGAGCCGCACUUUUUUUUGGCUGAUAGCGUGGUGGCAGCGGACAUGGACGUGGAGGCACCCAUGGACAGAGUAGUUUUGCUUCACGACCUGUUUGUUUGUGAUGCGGGUGGCGAUAGGCAAAUCGUUUUUCUCAUGCGAAGAUAGAAACAAAACUAGACAUAUCACAAGAAAAAGUGUACACGUACACGGUUUGCAAUUUUUCCCAAAAAAAAUUUUUUGGCGCCCCCCUAGCGAGACGCAGUCCAGUGGCACCACUUGAAGCCUUCGCCCCGGCGUUGCAGAAACUUUCGCUCUACAAUGGUCUGGCUUAACUAUGGACGCAAGCUUUCAGGGUCGACGCCCAAGCCCGAUGCAUUUUGGUGGAUGAUAUCCACGAGGCAGGCCUGCAAUCCUGGCUCCAGAUGGUUAAUCCUUGGAAAUAUCCAUAUCUACCUGCAUACUUGCAAAAUGUAGCGAAAGGCAACCCGCUACCGGGCCUGCCAUGUUCAUCUUUCACGCCCGCGCCCGACGUUUUCGCGUCAGCGAGUUGCUGGGGAGUCGAGCGGAAGCCGGAGGUUCAUUCUCUGGCACCGCUGGCGCAGUUAGUAGAUAGCGAAUACAUCCUAGCGCUACCCCUUUGGCGAAGGGUCAGCCGAACGGAUAUACGGCUGCACCAGAGCCGCGCGAAUCCAGGCGCGCUGAUUGUUUGCAAUUCUGGAACUGGGCCAAACGCAGCGGCUGUAGCGCGCGGGAACUGGCUGCAGCCUCUCAAUAGUGGCGGUCGGCAACUCUUUUUAGCGACCGGCGUGGCGCGUCUUCUUGCAAUUUUAGGAUGCGGAAAAGCAGGCCGCCAGCAUUCGCCAAAGCCGGGGGCCAUUCGUGAAAAGCCUCCAGGUGGUCUCCCGGCCAGCGCGCAUGCACCCAAAAAGCGCAGCAAAUCCGAGGAAAGCACCUCCACCGAGCGCUAGCCCACCGCGCAACAUGCCUAGUAGCUGUAUUUCGCUGAGCAUGUCCCGCUGCUCCAGAAACUCUUGGCCGUACUUCAGCCAGGUCGCAAAGCAACCGCCCACGGUUCCGGUGCGAUCGGGAAAUACUGUCAGGCAUCUUGGGUUCGCAUAAAGAUGUCGCAUGAAGACCAAUACCCCAAACAAAUACCCCUUGAAGGGGGUACUUGCUGGGGGUAUUCGUCAUCGUUGUGCACCGAGCUGAGUCCAAAAAUCCCGGGGGGUAUUGAUGGGGGUAUUCGUACGGGGUAUUGCUUUGGGGUAUCGCGUUGGGGUAUUGCUUUGGGGUAUGCGUUUUCGCAUUGGGUGAGCUUGGCGAAGGUGAAACGCGAGCGGGAAAUUUCCAUCAUUGCAAAAUCCCAAUUUGUGUUUCACCCAAACCCGAGCGGGGAAUUUCCAUCAUUGCAAAUUGUAGCUUGCCUCUCACCCAAACCCGAGCGGGGAAUUUCCAUCAUUGCAAAUUGUAGCUUGCCUCUCACCCAAACCCGAGCGGGGAAUUUCCAUCAUUGCAAAAUGGCGAGCGUCAAUACUUUCAACUCCCCACACCGUCUGACUUCCAAACCCGAGGAUUUGGCGGAUGGCUGGUCGCCUCGCCAACUCCUACGCGCGCGGAGACACAUCCAGACGAAGCCUGGGCGCACCCUCGCGCCCAGGCUUCGUUCGGGUGUAGAAGGUGCGCAACACAGGGGCGCCGCACGGCAGGCGGCUCCACACGAAAGUCAGAGCGCUGCUCCUGGCCUCGCCUGCAGCCCCACUCCCCUCUCCCUUUGGCUUCCCGGAAGGCCUCGGUCUUCGGCACUUUCCUUUGGCCAGUCCGGAAAACCGAGCUGGGAAUUUCCAUCAUAGCAAAAUGCAGAAAAUGGCUUACAACGACACCUUCUGACGCCCUUUCCCGCACUUUCAGUGGAGCGGCAAAAGGAAGCACGAGAAGGAAGGCUGGCAGACCGCCGGUCAGCUGCCAAAAGCUGCUGCUGCGAGUCCUCUACAUUUUGCAAAUAUGCGCACAAAUAUGGAAAUUUUCAACGACUAAGAUGGGGCCCCUUGCAUCAGCGCAAAGCAGCUCCCCCUCCAAUGCCCGACAGUGGCCUACCGCCAUGAACACUCCACCCCCACCCACCAGGCUGUGUUUGGGGUCGGAAACAUUGAUGGGGGCUGCGGAAUAUUGUUUGGGCGGGAGCCAAACUGCUUCAGAUUUCUCGGCAGGUUCGUCUGGCUGUGUUGUGUCCCGAGAUCUGCGAAAGUUUCCAAAUUUCGGAUGUCCGGAAAAACGCAAAUUUUUGCAUACCUCCAAGGCUAAAUUUUUCAGAUUGGCCAAAAACCGUGUACAUGGAACCUAGCCACCACGCUAUGGUCCAUGUACACGGUUUCAAAAGUGGCAAACUUGCAACAAAAUUUAUAGCGAGCCCAAAAAAACCGUGUACAUCGCAUCCAGACCCCACGGUAUGGUUGAUGUACACGGUUCAGAAUGCUUGUCCCCGGGCCUGACCACUUUGCGGACCGUGUACAUCCAUCAUACCAUGCAGGCUAGAUGCGAUGUACACGGUUUUUUGGUGUUGCGCGAUUUUCGCACUCAAAAUUCAGAAAAAUUUGCCUCUUUUCCUGGGGAUUUUCUUGAGCCCAAGAAAAACCGUGUACGUCAUCUCUAGACUGCAUGGCAUGGACGAUUUACCUCUCCAAAAGGAGGUCCCGGCCUGGUUUUGAUGGUGGCGGCGCGUUGCUGGGCGCCUUUUGUCGUCGGUGCCAGGAGAACCUGGCCCGCUGGGUGUAGGAGCUGCCGCCGGCCCGCCUCUAGAUACCAGAGCGAGAGCUGGUGGCCAUCUCGACCCUGUUGUCGCAAUGAUGAGAUGAGGCCAAGAACGGCGGCAAGCUAAGCGAGUCUAUUUUUCCCGGCUAUCCUGGUCCUUGCUUACGGCCCUUUGGGAGUGUGAGCUAGAUGCUCCAGGUCUGGCAGAUUCCCAGCCUCGCUAGCUUCGUAGCGAGUGCUUUCAAUGAUACAAGCGAUCUUCUUGUGGGAGGCAACAAAAAUUGUUUUUCUCAUGCGAAGAUAGAAACAAAACUAGUAGAGCUAAUUUGUGAUGCAAAAAAAAUCGCUUCAGCUUCAUCCCUCGGACAAGGGACCGGACAUUUUGGGAAAAAACCACGUAUCCUGUGCAAAAGUAUCGUACUCGUAGUAAUUGCAGUGAUGCAUUACAAAUUUUGUUCCUAAGCCUAAGGUAAAUCCGCAUGACAAAUUUUAUCUCUCAUGCUGAGGAAAUUUGUAAUGCAUUUAUACGAGUACGAUACUUUUGCAAUUCAUACCACGAGCCCUACUCUGACUUUCCCCUAGAGCAAGAGUCCGCAAUUUGUCGAAACGCGAUGGAAACCGAACUCGCCAACCGGGUCGUUGUCGCGCCGAAGGAUGUAUCAACUGUAAAAGUGUCUGGGUCUGGAAGAGCGCAAGUUUGUCAUGCACGUUUUGCAUGAGCCAUGAUGUCUGUGAUGUUUGUCCUAGCAUCACAGAUUUUCUGACGGCUUCGUGAUGCCUAUCGAUCCCGCAUGACAAAUGCCCUCUCCGCGUAGCCAAAUUUGACUCCUCUUGCUGCUCAUGCAAUACAGAUUUUUUUAGAAUCCAAACGCAGCAUCACAAGUUCCAUCCUUCCAGACCCAGACAUUUUUGCAUUUCAUAGGAUGACUUUCCGGGGAGUGGCAUGGAAAACAGCAACUUCUACCCCUUGCAGUCUCCCUACGACACAGUGAAGUUGCCGUAUGGAAGUUUCAGGAUCGAAAUUGACAAAAUCGAAAUAGUUUGUGAUGCAUGCAAUCGAUUAUACCAGUUGGAGCCUCAGCGUUCUUCAAUUUGCGCAUGACAAAUUUGAGGAGCACCAAAAUCCACUCUGUCAUGCUGUUUGGGCAGAGUAGGCUGCUCCUGUGAUGCUACCCGGACAGCACUUGGCCUUCUUCUAUCGAAACAGGGUCCCAAUCGGUCUCAUUUGCCUGCUCCCCAAUACAGGCCUUCAGUCCCCUACAUUUUAUGCGUUGCAAAUCAAUUCGAUUUUGUCCAUUUCGAUCCUGACGCCUCCAUAUGCCGGUAGUCGCGUCUAUGGACCGCAUCAACCAGGGCUAUAUCCACAGAAAAAAUAUAAAGACCCAUCGCUUCCAGUUUGUCAUGCAAAAGACGAAUCAAGUCCAGUGCUUUGUCAUGCGAAAAAUGGAUGGGGAGUGAUGGGUGUAGUUCAUCUUCCUGGAUAGGCCACGCGAGGUUUCUAAACCAGUUGCGCGCACGAGAAAAGGUGCGUCAGCAUAUCAAAAGGAAAAAUCCCCCCUCCCUAUAGGGAAAUAAACGAAAUUUGUGAAGAUGCUGUAUCUGAGUAAGUACACAAGUCCUCGACUUGUAUUGCUAGAACGCCAAGGGCCGCUGCAGUUGUGACCUCUACUUUUGCAGGCAAUUUGUGACGCUGUUUCCCACUUCCAGCUGCCUUCUGUAGUCAUGCUGAAGAUGCAAGGCCUUCCCACUACACAGCCCAGCGCUACAGUCCGCAUCUUUAUCUUUUGCCUUCUAGCAUGACAAAGCUGGUUUGUGGCCACAAAUCUGCAUCACAAAUUUUCGGUAUCAUGAUAUGGGGAAGGGGGGUUUUCUUCUUGAUACAGCAGGGGGUCGACCGGGUGACCGGGUUCAAAUCUGCGGACAUAUGGAUUGCAAAAAUGUCUGGGUCUGGAAGAAUGGAAGGUCUGUCAUGCCCUGCUAGCAUGACCCACAGGUCUGUCAUGCUGGUUACCCAAUAAAAGCCCCGCCCGACUUUUCUGACUGUCAUGCCGAAACAGGGCCUGUCAUGCAGAUCUAUACGCAACUACACCUAGCAACAAGUCAGAAACUUGUCAUAUUGAUCCGCCACUUGUGGCGUCCUCAGGAUUUUUCGCCAACCAGCAUCACAAGUUUCCAGACCCAGACGCUUUUGAAUUUGAUAGGACAAUAAUAACGACCAAAUGAUCACGUACUCCGAGUUUGAAGCGAUUUUGAAAAACCAGUUCGGCAAAGCGACGGACGAGACGCAGGUAUCCCGUGUAAAAGCGUCGCCACCCCAUAGUUGUCAUGCAAUUCUGCAUGCCAAAAAAGUUUCUCAUGCACAGAGCGGGUGUGGCGCUGGGAGCGGGUGUCCACUACACGAUGAUGAUGAUGCACAGCCCUAUGAGAAGCAUUCUCUAUUCGUGUUUUGGACUUUGCGAUACUAGAAUCAGCAUGCUAUGAUGUUUCUGAACUAGCUGAACAGGAUUACACUACGACGAGGGCAAACUUGUCAUGCCAAACAAUCAACCAAAGCUGGUUGAUUUGUGUAGCAGAUUUCCCAUCUUGGCUCUGGUGUGGGGACGUGUUUAAUCAGGAGAGCAGGAGCUGUGGAACGAGCACAAGGUGGUCGAUAUGAGAUUACGCAACUACUCCCCCUCCCUGUCCCGCUCAUUUGUACUUACUACUGCAUGAACAGCACUAGAAGCGCCUGCAAGAGACAGAGAGCAGCUUUUACAUUCGCAAAUUUCCGCAUGAUUUUGUAGUGGUGUUUGGGCUCCCAGAAUCUGAAUCUGUCAUGCUAAACAUUCCCAAAGCGUGGUUUUUGCUUUUUGCAUGACGAAUGAGGGGGAGGGGGAGAAGUUGUGCACGUUCAUAGUCGGUGGCUCCACGAUGACGCCGACGAGUUUCAUGAAACUGUACUCCACGGGAUUCUAUCCUGUGCAGAAGUAUCGUGCUCGUACGAAUAAUGAUGCAUGACAAAAAAUCUUGUCCUUGAGGUAAAACAGCAUGACAGAUUUCAGUUCUCAUGCUGAGCGCAUUUGUAUUGCGGUUUUUACGUUGUGCGAUGCUUUUACAAUGCAUAGAUCUGACACCAAUCUACACUCCCGCAACCGCGCGGACUUCCGGUUAUGGCGUUCUCAAACGUUACAUUCUCAACUGUUACAUGAAUUUGUAAUGCAAGACUAGCACAGGUGAGAGGGAGACCCUUGCGCGUCUUGCAUUACAGCUUUGGCGCGGAUUACAGUGCUAUUUAGCCCUCCGGGAAUUUGUCAUGCGAAGCACCUUGAUCGUCUGGCGGGUCAUGUUCAUUUUGCAUGACAAAUCAUGUAACAGUUGAGAAUGUAACGUUUGAGAGCCCCAUACCGGUCGUCUUUGACUUUGAAUUGCCCGGUACGGGUGGGCCAGUGGGGCAACCUGGUAUCCUGUGCAAAAGCAUCGUACUCGUAGUAAUUGCAAUCAUGCAUUACAAAUCUUUUUCUCAAGGUAAAUCUGCAUCACAAAUUUUCUUUCUCAUGCUGAGAAAAUUUGUAAAUGCAUUUAUGCGAGUACGAUACUUUUGCAGUGCAUACCUGGCGCUGUAUCGCAAGAAAAAAGUGUAUACAGUUACACACAUAGUCUAUGCAAGACCGGGAUCACAGACAGCUUUUCUCAUGCAGGAAUUGCUUGGGAGCCUCGUUUCCUUCCUGUUUUAUUUCCCUAUAUGAUCUUCGCACUUUUCAAGUUUUCUCGGCCACACAGAGAAAAUUUGUGAUGCAGAAACUCCAAGAACAAAUGUGUAACUGUAACACUUUUUUCUUGCGAUACACUGUGUCCGGUGGGCAAGCCGGUCACCGAGGUGCGCAUCAAGCGCAAGGCGUCGGUCGAAAAUUCCGACAACCAGGGCCUUAUCCGGUGCAAAAGUGUCGUACUCGUAGUAAAAAUCGCUGUCAUGCAUUACAAAUUUCUACCCCAAGGCAAAAUAAACAGCAUGACAAAUUCUAUUUGCCAUUGGCCGAAUUUGUAAUGCGAUUUCUACUAGUACGAUGCUUUUGCAAUGCAUAGGCCUCACGGGCAUCGAACUCAAGUGCGCAGAUAUGACAAGGAAAAAUCCCUCCUCCCCAGAUUCAAAAAACAAUUUGUGUUGCUGAAUUUGCGUUGUACACAAAUGAACUUUGCAUUGUGGCAAGAGCUUGUUGUUGGGAUAUUCGAAGCCCAUUUCAUCUUGCUGGCUACGCAUCACCGCCUAGCAGCUCCGCAUGAGAAACAAGUCUGACGUAGGCGAAAACGCAUGACAGACUCGCUUGUUACGAUGCUCCACAUCAUGGGUGCCGUUAUGUGCCUUGUGCGCAAGACAAACCUGAUUUGUGGCCACAAGUUAGCAUCACAAUUUUCGAUUUCCUGUGGAGAUUUUUCCUCACAAUAGCAGACGGGUCCACGCUGCUCACCAGCAGCGCCACAACCGCGGAAAACGACGAGACUGGAGUUUGGUCCGAUUGGAACAUAUGCAUUGCAAAAAUGUCUGGGUCUGGAAGAGAGCAAAUUUGUCAUGCAUAUUUUGAAUGACCCAUGAUGUCUGUGAUGCAUGCUCUAGCAUCACAGAUUUUCCGAGAGCUUUGUGAUGCCUCUACCGCAUGAGAAAUGUCCUCUCCGCGUAGCACAUCAAACUGGAGUCCUCUUGCUGGUCAUGCAAUACACUUGUUUUUGGAAUUGAGACACAGCAUCACAAGUUUAGAAUCUUCCAGACCCAGACACUUUUGCAUUUGAUAGAACAAGUGCUCCAACGAAAAUCUGAAGAUCAGCGGGUUCCGGGCUCGCAACCAGGUGUUUCAGCCGCAGUUGACCGAUAA